AUGUCGAAGGGCGACCGUCCAGCCAUCAUCUCAAACAUCAGCACCCCCAGCGCCCACCAGUCCACACUGAAACCUGAACCCACACAAUUGACAGAAAGUCAUCUAAAUGACUUUACAUUUCAAUAUAAAUACACAUAAGAGAACAUGCUUGUGCAAACAAUGAUGUGCAUGGAUAUCUAUAAUGAUGUGCAUGUAAUAUGAUUGUCUUCUGCUUCUGAAUCUGAGGCAAAUGUGCAUUAUUUGUAGCAGACAGUCUUACCGUAGUCCUCUCCUCUUAGUAUCUCAGGGGCGAUGUAGUUGGGGGUUCCACAGAAUGUACUGGUGGUGUCUCCCGGCCUCAAGCCCUCCUAGAGAGCACAGCAGUCAGCACACACGUCUCACAACGUAGAGGCAUUAACACACACAAACACCUCAGAGCUUACAUGUAUGCGCAUGCAGAACUGCAUAAACACACACACACACACACGUCAGCACACAAACACAAAAAGAUACACACACACAGUACACAGACAGACAGAAACACACAGGCAUAAGCACACCCAGGGUCAGACCCCGACACCCACCUUGCACAUGCCAUAGUCAGUGAGUUUGAUGUGUCCUUCAGACUCCAGCAGCACGUUGUCCAGUUUGAGGUCUCUGUAGAUGAUGCCUCUCUCAUGGAGGUAGUUCAAUGCCAAGCUGAUUUCUGCUGAGUAAAACCUGACAGAGAAAGAGAUGGAAAAUUAUCGGUCAAGACUCAAGUCACACACCCAGAUACAUCACCGUCUAAGAGCUACACAACUAAUCACCAAGCUCUUCAUUAGUUGAAUCAGGGUCGUGUUCAUUAGACACCAAACGGAAGAAAAUGUGCCGAAAGGAAGGGACUACCAGGACUUGUCCAAUAAGAAACGCUCAUUUUCAAUAGCAAAAGGUUCUGUUGCGUACCCUAGUGAACAUAACCCAAGUGUAGCUAUGACAUCAUUGUUCAAACCUGGCGUGUUCCUCGGGUAGCUUCCUCUGUCUCUGCAUGUGGAACAUCAGGUCUCCUCCGUUAACAUACUCUAUGACAAAGAACAGUCUGCUCUCAGUCUGGAAACAGGAGUGUAGCCCCACUAGGAAGGGGUGGUUGGACGCCUGCUCAAACACGUGCUUCUCUGUCUGGACCCAGUCAAUGUCCUACAACACAGGGAAUAACACACACAGGAUGCAUUUGGAAAUCCAGCACACUUGAAAUCAUAUCAAACACUUGCUAAAUAAGCAGACAUAACCAGUCAGCCAUCUGAUGAGGACAGACAGACGGACAGAGUGAAAGAGUGGAUGUGACAGAUCUCUAUUGACGGACAGAUAGAAAUAGGUCUGGACAGAGCAGCCUUAGACAGACAGACAAAAAUGGACGUGAGGAGAGUGAAAAUGUCUGAAAACACAGUGAGUGGUUCUGUUGACAGGCUUCUAUUGACGAACAGGUAACAAUAGGUCAAGACAGAGCAGCCUCUCAGACAGACAGAGGAGAGAUGGCACAGAUGAUUGAUCAGGUAGUGUCUGUCAACGUGUCAGACCAAGUGUGUGUGUUUCUUGAGUGUGUGUGUGUGUGUGUGUGUGUGUGUGAGUGCAUCUGUGUACGUUUACCUCAUCGUCGUUGACCAGCUCCUUCUUGACGACCUUCAUGGCGUAGAUCCUCUCAGUCUUCUUGAGUCGGACAAGCAGGACCUUAGCAUAACUGCCCCGCCCGAUCACCCUCAGCAGGUCAAAGUCCACCAGACCCAGACUGGACGCUGACUUCCCUGUGUCUCUGCUGCUGCGCGCCUAGAGGACAGAGAGGUGGACAGAAAUAGGAAUGAGACAAAAAGACAGGUUGCCAUCACUCUCCCUCGCCACAACUUUGGCAACAAACACACUUCUCUCACUCAUACACAAUCUCAGUCCAUCUUCCUCACCUCUUUCUCUUCUCCAUUGUAGUUUAGACUCUCACUGGAAUCUUUGUUCUGAGGACCUGAGAGAGAGAGUGACAGAGAGAGAGAUAGAUAGGGAGAGAAAGAAAGCAAGAGCAGUCACAUAUCCUCCUAGACACUAGAGGGCAGACCUGCCAACAUUGAAUAACUUUUAUGAGUACCACUUCAGCGGUAGCCCCGGCCCCGACGACUGUGCGCGACAUCCACACCGCACCUUUUAUAGCCUAAUGAUGUUGGCAGAAAACUGCCUCAGUAGGAAUGGUAGGCUAUAGACUUAUGGGUAUUUGGUAAUUGGCUGCUCUUCAAUUUAAAUGUAGAAAUCAGGGCUCUCCCUAGGAUUUUCUGACAAGGUGGUGCUGAUGUAGGCCUAAGGUUGGGUAGGGGAAGAUCUGGAGGGGGUCAGUCAACUUUCCCCUAAGGAAGUUGGAGCAUUUUUCAUUUUAGAAAAACCUGUAACUGCCAUUUCCUGAAACCAAGAGUCUUAAAUUAUAUCAAACAAUGUAGCCAACACAGAAGUCUUGUUUGAUCCAAAAUGAAAUUGAGGUGGUCUCAAUGACACUUUCAAAAUGUUCUAGGUUCAAUUUGGAGUAAUGAUUAUUCUAAUUAUUAAGUGUCUUUAUGUGGAUAGUCUAGUGUUUGUUUCUGAAUAUUUCAAUUACUGGAUGCCAUGUCGUAGUAGUCUAGCUUACUGUAGGCUAUUUGGAUUAUGAAACUGAACUAGGCCUAUAUGAGCUGACUACUAGACAACCUUAGCAGAAAGCGGAUGUUGCCGGUUUUCAGGGAUACAGUAUUUUCAUCCCCACUUCCGUUUCCCCCUGAAAAACGGAAGUGGAGACUCCGCUCUGGCGUCCAUCUACGCCUGCUACGUUAGGUUAACUACUAGGCUACCAUUCAUUCAACAUGCCUUGUCAUUGGUGAACUGACGAUUAUCAAAUCAUUAGCAGCCUACUGUUGACACAGCUAUAUGAAUAACUGAUUAAUUAACAUACGCCUACUAAUCUUUAACAGUCUAACAUAACUUUCUGUGAACGACUGUAUUAGCGGAACAGCUCUCUCUGCCAUGUCUGUUUCCAUCCACGCAGUAACACGCACUGAACUACUGCAACACCGUACAUGUUUCCUUGUUCGUCAAUGUGCUCGUGCUUACUACCGUUGCGGAGAUCAAAGCACGUGUGGGCAAGAAAGUGUUAUUUCUUAGUUGACUAAACGCUGUAGCUACAGUGGCUUCAGAAAGUAUUUGCAUCCCUUGACUUUUUACACAUUUUGUUGUGUUACAGCCUGACAUUUUAAUGGAUUCAAUUGAUAUUUGUAAUCACUGGCCUACACACAAUACCCCAUAAUGUCAGUGGAAUUAUGUUUUUAGAUCAAUUUUUUUAUGAAUAAAAAAUUAAUGUAAAACUGAAAUGUCUUUAGUCAAUUAGCCCUUUGUUAUGGCGAGCCUAAAUACAGUGGGGAGAACAAGUAUUUGAUACACUGCCGAUUUUGCAGGUUUUCCUACUUACAAAGCAUGUAGAGGUCUGUAAUUUUUAUCAUAGGUACACUUCAACUGUGAGAGACGGAAUCUAAAGAAAAUCACAUUGUAUGAUUUUUAAGUAAUUUAAGUAAACUGCACGUUCUGCCCUUAUUCACAGAUUCAUUUUUUUUUCAGCUGAGACAGCUUUAUAUAUUAAUGAUACAAAGUAAACAACCUACAAAUAUGUCUGACGACUAAAUACUUGCGAGUGAUUUGAGGCAAAUUGAGCUUCAGAUAGCCACCGCCACUCUAGCCAUCCCCAGGAUCAACACAGACUGGUGGUGCAGUUGUGGCAAUUGCGCUCCAAUGCCGCAAAAGAGAACGAGGAGCAGUUCGUUUGAUUUUGCGACCACAGGGAUUUUGCUGCCCACAUAAACUCAGGUGUCCCAAAAAUAUAUAUAUAUCCUAAACAAAAUUGGAGACGCACCCGUUCCAGCUGGGCCAAAUGGACAGUUAUCUAACUAGAAAGUAGCUACUUUACUUUAUUGAAUGAUCGCUUGUCAUAAACCUCUAUGAGUGGGACAGUUAGUGGGUUUACAUACACAUUAACCCAAAACACUACAUAGCAUACAGUGGGGGAAAAAAGUAUUUAGUCAGCCACCAAUUGUGCAAGUUCUCCCACUUAAAAAGAUGAGAGAGGCCUGUAAUUUUCAUCAUAGGUACACGUCAACUAUGACAGACACAAUGAGGGAAAGAAAAUCCAGAAAAUCACAUUGUAGGAUUUUUUAUGAAUUUAUUUGCAAAUUAUGGUGGAAAAUAAGUAUUUGGUCAAUAACAAAAGUUUCUCAAUACUUUGUUAUAUACCCUUUGUUGGCAAUGACACAGGUCAAACGUUUUCUGUAAGUCUUCACAAGGUUUUCACACACUGUUGCUGGUAUUUUGGCCCAUUUCUCCAUGCAGAUCUCCUCUAGAGCAGUGAUGUUUUGGGGCUGUCGCUGGGCAACACAGACUUUCAACUCCCUCCAAAGAUUUUCUAUGGGGUUGAGAUCUGGAGACUGGCUAGGCCACUCCAGGACCUUGAAAUGCUUAGUACGAAGCCACUCCUUCGUUGCCCGGGCGGUGUGUUUGGGAUCAUUGUCAUGCUGAAAGACCCAGCCACGUUUCAUCUUCAAUGCCCUUGCUGAUGGAAGGAGGUUUUCACUCAAAAUCUCACGAUACAUGGCCCCAUUCAUUCUUUCCUUUACACAGAUCAGUCGUCCUGGUCCCUUUGCAGAAAAACAGCCCCAACACUGCAGGAUUUGAGUCCCUGGCGGCGUAGUGUGUUACUGAUGGUAGGCUUUGUUACUUUGGUCCCAGCUCUCCGCAGGUCAUUCACUAGGUCCCCCCGUGUGGUUCUGGGAUUUUUGUGAUCAUUUUGACCCCACGGGGUGAGAUCUUGCGUGGAGCCCCAGAUCGAGGGAGAUUAUCAGUGGUCUUGUAUGUCUUCCAUUUCCUAAUAAUUGCUCCCACAGUUGAUUUCUUCAAACCAAGCUGCUUACCUAUUACAGAUUCAGUCUUCCCAGCCUGGUGCAGGUCUACAAUUUUGUUUCUGGUGUCCUUUGACAGCUCUUUGGUCUUGGCCAUCGUGGAGUUUGGAGUGUGACUGUUUGAGGUUGUGGACAGGUGUCUUUUAUACUGAUAGCAAGUUCAAACAGGUGCCAUUAAUACAGGUAACGAGUGGAGGACAGAGGAGCCUCUUAAAGAAGAAGUUACAGGUCUGUGAGAGCCAGAAAUCUUGCUUGUUUGUAGGUGAACAAAUACUUAUUUUCCACCAUAAUUUGCAAAUAAAUUCAUUAAAAAUCCUACAAUGUGAUUUUCUGGAGAAAAAAAAUCUCAAUUUGUCUGUCAUAGUUGACGUGUACCUAUGAUGAAAAUUACAGGCCUCUCUCAUCUUUUUAAGUGGGAGAACUUGCACAAUUGGUGGCUGACUAAAUACUUUUUUCCCCCACUGUAUGUUUACUUAUCACAAUGUUUUGGGGAUAUUCUAUUUUGCAAUGUAAGGUGAGAAAGUCUACUGUCUCUCAACCUCCCCAUCAUAAAUACAUAUGGCACAUAUGCUAACCCAGGGGUUCCCACGACCCCAUUUGAUAUAUGAAAAAUUUCGUGACCCCACCCAUGUGAAAACAGCCAAUGUUUACUUUUUUAUUUGGGGCUAUGGGAUUCAAUUGAAAGACAUUUUAACAGUAUUUCUGAUUGUCUUCAACUCACCAUCACAUACUUUGAAUGUGGGGCAGUCAAUUGCAAAUUAGUUUCACAAUGUCUUAUCUCACCACCACUAAUGAAUGGGGGUGCUUGAUGCAUGUCGUGUAGUAGCUUCUCAAAGUCAAUAUAUUUUCAACACUCCCCCCUCGAUAACCACCAAGCCUCUGUAUGAAAUAGAACAUUGUGAUGCUCUGAUACCACAUCUCCACAUAGUUUUGCGAACAGGCGUGCACGCAGUGGAUGUGGUUUGAUGUAGUUCACAAUCGAAGUUACCUGCUGCAGUAUAUCUCAGAGUUCUGUACUCAGCUCUUUUGCCACCAGUUGCUCUCGGUGUAUCAUACAAUGCGUCCAUAUGGCAGAGGGAGACACAUUCAUAACUAGAGCGCAGAGGCCUGCCCUCCGUCCCGUGAUAGAUAGAGCCCCAUCUGUGCAAAAGCCCACCAUUCGAUCCCAUAUGGAAUCUGUUUUUUGUCAAUAUAGCCACGCAGCACACUGAACAUCCCAUAUGUUGUUUCAUGCUCGGGAAUCGUGAGACAGAACAAUAUGUCCUCGUGAAUAGCAUCCCCCGACAUGUAUAGCUUAACAAAAGUCAAUGCAUGGGCAUCUCUGCCCUCACAGCUAAAGUCCAUUUGGAGAGCAUAAGCUGAGGAAUUUAAGUCAGUUUCCGCUUGUUUGCUAGCAAUAGCAUUAAUUAUUUGUUUGACAGUGUUGUCUGACAAAGGUAUUGAUGUGAGUUUGUACCCCUGCUUUCCUACACAUUGUUUUCACCGGUUGGCCGGUAAUAUCAAAGUCUCUGCAAUAGUGUAUGGUUUCAUAGCGUAGCAGGUCUAGCCAUUCACCGUGGGAGUUCAGCGGUCAAAUGAGGCCUUUUCCCAUGAUCUAAGGGCACUCUCUGGUUGAAUUUAAUAUUUUAGAUUUGAAUCACUUUCAGUUAGAUUUUUAAGUUUAACCACAUUAUACAAAGACGAUAUUAUAAUAUACAUUAUUUUUUUGUAUAUACAGACCCGUGUCAAAAGUUUGGACACACCUACUCAUUCCAGGGUUCUUCUUUAUUUUUACUAUUUUCUACAUUGUAGAGCAAUAGUGAAGACAUCAAAACUAUGAAAUAACACAUCUGGAAUCAUGUAGUAAACAAAAAAGUGUUCAACAAAUCAAAAUAUAUUUUAUAUAUUUGAGAUUCUUCAAAUAGCCACCCUUUGCCUUGAUGACAGCUUUGCACACUCUUGGCAUUCUCUCAACCAGCUCCAUGAGGUAGUCACCUGGAAUGCAUUUCAAUUAACAGGUGUGCAUUGUUAAAAGUUAAUUUGUGGAAUUUCUUUCCUUCUUAAUGCGUUUGAGCCAAUCAGUUGUGUUGUGACGAGGUAGGGGGGUAUACAGAAGAUAGCCCUAUUUGGUAAAAGACCAAGUCCAUAUUAUGGCAAGAACAGCUCAAAUAAGCAAAGAGAAACGACAGUCCAUCAUUACUUUAAGACAUGAAGGUCAGUCAAUACAGAACAUUUCAAGAACUUUUAAAGUUUCUUCAAGUGCAGUCACAAAAACCAUCAAGUGCUAUGAUGAAACGUAACUCUGCUGCAGAGGAUAAGUUCAUUAGAGUUACCAGCCUCAGAAAUUGCAGCCCAAAUAACUGCUUUACAGAGUUCAAGUAACAGACACAUCUCAACAUCAACUGUUCAGAGGGGACAGUGUGAAUCAGGCCUUCAUGGUUGAAUUGCUGCAAAGAAACCACUACUAAAGGACACCAAUAAGAAGAAGAGACCUGCUUGGGCCAAGAAACACAAGAAAUUGACAUUAGACCGGUGGAAAUUUGUCCUUUGGUCUGGAGUCCAAAUUGGAGAUUUUUGGUUCCAACUGCCGUGUCUUUGUGAGACAUGGUGUGGGUGAACGGAUGAUCUCUGCAUGUGUAUUUCCCACCGUAAAGCAUGGAGGAGGAGGUGUUAUGGUGUGGGGGUGCUUUGCUGGUGACACUGUCUGUGAUUUAUUUAGAAUUCAAGGCACACUUAACCAGCAUAGUUACCACAGCAUUCUACAGCGAUACGCCAUCCCAUCUGGUUUGGGCUUAAUGGGACUAUCAUUUGUCUUUCAACAGGACAAUGACCCAACACACCUCCAGGCUGUGUAAGGGCUAUUUUAACAAGAAGGAGAGUGAUGGAGUGGUGCAUCAGAUGACCUGGCCUCCACAAUCCCCCGACCUCAACCCAAUUGAGAUGGUUUGGGAUGAGUCGGACCGCAGAGUGAAGGAAAAGCAGCCAACAAGUGCUCAGCAUAUGUGGGAACUCCUUCAAGACUGUUGGAAAAGCAUUCCAGGUGAAGCUGGUUGAGAGAAUGCCAAGCGUGCGCAAAGCUGUCAUCAAGACAAAGGGUGGCUAUUUGAAGAUACUCAAAUAUAAAAUAUACUUUGAUUUGUUUAACACUUUUUUGUUUGCUACAUGUGUGCUAUUUCAUAGUUUUGAUGUCUUCACUAUUAUUCUACAAUGUAAAAAUAAAGAAAAACCCUAGAAUGAGUAGGUGUGUCCAACCUUUUGACUGGAAGUGUAUAUUUUGUCUUUCUCUCAGGAUUUUAGAAAUUCUCCCGCGACCCAAUUUCAUAUCAGGCAACCCCACAUGGGGUCUCGACCCCUAGUUUGGGAACCGCUGUGCUAACCUGUAGAGCACCUAGGCCUAUAUGGUGUAAUGGUAACACAAUAAGAACACCUCGAACGUCAAGAAUCAGGCUAGGCUACAUACCUCCACGCGCUUGCUUUGUCGCGUUCUCUUCUUAAACGCGCCUUUGCAUUUUGGCACUGCGCCAGAUCCAGCCAACAGCUGUAUCUUUAAGUAUCCUUUCUGUCCCCAAAAUGUCCUUGUUCAUACGUAUCGUCGCAUGCUACACACACGCAGCUAUGAAAAGUUGGCUGUUGUAGUAUUUACAGUGAAAACAAUGAAAUUCCUAGCAACUUAACGAGUCACAUGAUCUGUUUUUGCAGCCGUUUCAGUACAGCACUAUAGGGAGAGAGGGGGGGAGAUGGCAAACUCCACUGAACUAGUUUCAAUGUAUGGAAUCAAUUGAGAAUUUCUGGAUUUUGGGUAAACUUCUCCUUUAAACCUUCUUAUUCAGUCAGCCACCAGUAGAGCACCUGACAGGACUUAAGGCUGUCUUAGUCCUACUGGAUCCAGCUUAGUGACGGAGGUCUGGGGACACGGUCUAAAGAAAUAAUUAAUUUCGUCAAAAUGACUGAUUGUUUAUGAGGAUCCAUCUUAGCCCACCAGGGCUAGUUUUCCUUAAAAAGGCAGUGUGUGUGUGUGUGUGAGAGAGAGUGUGAGCGUAUGUGUUACCUGGCUGUUCAGAUUGGUCUAAUGGAGUGAUGGAGGCCCCCCUAUCAGGCCCCAUGAUAGGCUCCUAGAAAGAGAGCGAGAUGGAGAGCGAGAGAGAGAAAGAGGACAUGUUGAGAAAUAUUGUGUGUCAGUCCUUUCUUAAUGAAAAUACAAUGUGUAGGGCCAGGAGUUUUUCCGGGUCAGGUCAUGUGAAAAGAGCAGGGUAAAACUCUGGGCACUAAGUAUAAGAGGCGGCACUGACCGCUCCCUGUUCCUCACCUGUAUCAUCUGUCGGCCACACUCCACGGUGACCAGUUUGUGACACUUCUUGUGGACCAGCAGUUUGCAGUUGAUGCAUUUGUAACCCUGUCGCCCCAGACCCCAGAUACGGUCUGUGCAGAUGGCGCAGUGAGCUCUCUGGAAGACAAAGAAAACACACCUUUAGAGAGAAAGAGAGAGGUGACGAAAGAGAGAGGAAUAGAGAGAGGGAUAGAGGGAAACAGAGGUAAAAAGUGAGGAAGAGAAAGAGCGAAGGAUAGAGAAGAAGAGAGAGAAAGAGGUGAAGGAAGAGAGGAAAUGUAAAAUAGAUGGAUACAGUGCACUCUAAAAAUGAGGGGUUCAACAAGGGUCCUUCUAAGAUCCUCAAAGUUCUUUGACGAACCUUAUGGUUCUUGGAACUGAAAAUGGCCCCCAAAAGGUUCUUCCAAGAACCCCAUAGGAGGUGGGAUUCAUCGAGGAACCUCCUUAGUUGGUGGGAGUUCUUGCAGGAACCUAACUGCCCAACUGAAACAUUUGAAUUUGAAAGAACAGCAGGUGCAGGCACUUAACUGAAAAAUGUUAAGAGCUCCUUAAUUUAAGGUAAGGUUUGUCCCAUGUAUGAUCUAAAUUCAUUUUGUUUUAUGAUACCAUCUAUCUUUUCAUAUUUGCGCAAAUCUUUCUAAAACAGAAAAUGGACACAAUUCAAUGGAUAUCAAUCAACAAAGAGGUAAGAAUAUGUAGGCUAUAAAAAUAUGUUGAAGGCUAGCUGUAUUGGAUGCAGAUGACUGAACUGCUCACUUUUGUGUCUGUAGGUAUACAGACGAGGAGGCAUACAAAGGGUAUGUCAAUUGGUAUUGGUAUGUUAUGCAGAUCACAUUUACCAUCCUCCUCCCUUACCUCUUCAAUGAAUUCCCAUAGCCCUCUACAUUAUGGACAAGGUAUGUGUAUAAAAACCAUUAUCAAAACAGUUUAUUUUUUCAUUCACAUUCACCACAAAAACCAAGAUAUGAAUUCUGUCGUGUGCAUGUGUUGUUAAUUAUCUGUAUAAUGACAUUUUUUUGGAUUCACAGACUUUACCCUCCCUACACCUCUGAUGAAUAUAACAAAAAAAGAAACAACGCCAAGAAUUAAGAUGUAAAAAAAACAAAUAAAUGUACUAAAACAAUAACUUCAAAAACAGUCCCAUUCAUCACUGGAUUUCUUUGCUGUGCGGGAAAAGGAUGUCAUCCACCGUGCCUGGUCGCAAGCUCGCAGCUGGCUUCUCUCUGAAACCACAUAUCCAUCUGAAGGUGAUGCUUUAUCCUUUGGAACCACACAAUUACCAGGUGGACAGUAGGCCUCUUGAAGCGAUAGAGGAAAUCAACUAGAUCCACAAGUAUUCUUUCACAAUAGCUGGCCUUAUGUUAUCUGCAGUGUUGAGCUGCACUGUCCCACUCCGUGGUGGAUAACAUCCACUCUUUGUUUAUGCAAUGGGCUGUAAGGCACAAGUAUCAUAUUUUUCAAAAAUCAUCAGUCCACGUCAAGUGUAAUUGAGCCAUUGUAUUUACCCAAGUUCUCUCUCAAAUUGUUUUUUGCCUGAUGCAGGACUCUAGUGCGAUAGGAGAGACUGACAAACAUUCACACCUCCCUUAAUUUACAAAAGGAUAGUCUAAUAGCCUGGCUAGGUGUGAAAAAUCCCCCAAUUUGUACCACAGUUUAGACUACAGAUAGAUGCUGCGGUCAGUCAGAGUUGAGUCCUAUUGUAAAGUGUAGCCUAAUGGCCAAAAAAGGGCAAACUUGCAAUGUAUUCGAGGCUUAAGUACUCUAAAGUUUUACAUUUCUAACUCAAUAUCACAGACCAGAUUUGCCCUAACGAAAAAUGCAUCAACCUCUACAUACAUAUUAAUUUACUAUAAUCCACCUAAUUCAAAUGAAAUUAGCUGUAGUACGAGGAGAGACUGCAUGCUAAAGACAAUCAGAAAGAAUGUGUCUUUAACCCUGCAUUAUAAUAUAACUUAUUUUGAACGAAAGCCAGGAAUGAGUGACUCACUCAGCACUAUGCUGUUCCUGCUUCUGUUGUCUCUGAGUGUUUGCUUAAUAUCCUACUCAUUCUGUGAUCACCAUGCCUCAUGCAACUGCAAAAUGUUGGAUAAAGCAAUUUCACAAAUCUGGCUGUUUUUAAAAACUUUGCUAUGCUGUAUUAAAGGCUUUACUUUUUUUCUUCUUCAUUAGAACAGACUCUCUGGUAUUACUUUAUUCAGUAUUGUUAACACUGUUAGAAACUGGCAGAUAAAAUAUAUUGUAAUCUAACAGCACCUGUUUGUCAUGCAACAGUAUCUCCUCUUGCACUUUUGACAAUUAUUUUACAUGAGGCCUAAUUCACAUGUUAUCCCUAAAACACUAGGCUAAUAAAUAAUAUCAUUUUUCCAUUCGAUUGUUUAAUUAACCUAUAUCAUGUUAUUUCAAGUUAUCCAUUUGGAGCAAAAGCGAUUUGGAGUUAUUGAACGGGAGUGGCAAAAUGUAUUACAAUUGAAUUUGAAUGAACUGAAUGAUGAGGAUGAAGAAGAGAGUGAUUGAAUUUAGAUCAAUAGUGUACGAAUUGCUCUUCCUCUGUCCCACGUGCACAAUCAAAAAGAGAGACUUUUUUUUGUUUCUACUUUGUCAGAAGCUGUAACUGAACUGUUGUUACUGUAAGAGUUUUAUUCUAAGAAACGAAAAUGGUCUGUUAUAUUCCAUUAUAUUCUUAAAACAUAUGUGUUGACUGCUAAAUUAACAAGUUGAUGGCGAAGGUUUAGACAUUUUUGCAAAUGUAUUAAAAAUAAAAAACUGAAAUAUCUUAUUUAGAUAAGUAUUCAGACCCUUUGCUAAGAGACUAUAAAUUGAGCUCAGGUGCAUCCUGUUUCCAUUGAUCAUCCUUGAGAUGUGUAUACAUCUUGAUUAGAGUCCACCUGUGGUAAAUUCAACUGAUUGGACAUGAUUUGGAAAGGCACACACCUGUCUAUAUAAGGUCCCACAGUUGACAGUGCAUGUCAGAGCAAAAACCAAGCCACGAGGUUGAAGGAAUUGUCCAUAGAGCUCAGAGACAGGAUUGUGUCAAGAAACAGAUCUAGGGAAGGGUACCAAAAAAUGUCUGAAGCAUUGAAGGUCCCCAAGAACACAGUGGCCUCCAUCAUUCUUAAAUGGAAGAAGUUUGGAACCACCAAGACUCUUCCUAGAGCUGGCCGCCCGGCCAAACUGAGCAAUCGGGGGAGAAGAGCCUUGGUCAGGGAGGUGAUCAAGAACCCGAUGGUCACUCUGACAGCGCUCCAGCGUUCCUCUGUGGAGAUAGGAGAACCUUCCAGAAGGACAACCAUCUCAGCAGCACUCCACCAAUCAGGCCUUUAUGGUAGAGUGUCCAGACGGAAGCCACUCCUCAGUAAAAAGGCACAUGACAGCCUGCUUAGAGUUUGCCAAAAGGCACCUAAAGACUCUCAGACCAUGAAAAACAAGAUUCUCUGGUCUGAUGAAACCAAGACUGAACUCUUUGGCCUGAAUGCCAAGCGUCACGUCUGGAGGAAAUCUGGCACCAUCCCUACGGUGAAGCAUGGUGGUGGCAGCAUCAUGCUGUGUGGAUGUUUUUCAGUGGCAGGGACUGGGAGACUAGUCAGGAUCAAGGGAAAGAUGAACGGAGCAAAGUAUAGAGAGAUCCUUGAUGAAAACCUGCUCCAGAGUGCUCAGGACCUCAGACUGGGGCGAAGGUUCACCUUCCAACAGGACAACGACCCUAAACACACAGCCAAGACAAUGCAGAAGUGGCUUCGGGACAAGUCUUAGAAUGUCCUUGAUUGGCCCAGCCAGAGCCCGGACUUAAACCCAAUCGAACAUCUCUGGAGAGACCUGAAAAUAGCUGUGCAGCGACGCACCCCAUCCAACCUGACAGAGCUUGAGAGGAUCUGCAGAGAAGAAUGAGAGAAACUCCACAAAUACAUGUGUGCCAAGCUUGUAGCGUCAUACCCAAGAAGAAUUGAGGUUGUAAUCGCUGCCAAAGGUACUUCAACAAAGUACUGGAUGAAGGGUCUGAAUACUUAUGUAAAUGUCAUAUUUCCAUUUUUAAUAAAUUUGCAAAAAUGUCUAAACCUGUUUUGGCUUUGUUAUUAUGGGGUGUUGUGUGUAGAUUGAGGGGGAAAAAAACAAUAUAAUCAAUUUUAGAAUAAGGCUGUAACGUAACAAAAUGUGAAAAAAGUUGUUCUAACAAAAAAAGGUUUUAAAGUCUCUAAUACAGCCAAUAUUAAAAACAGUCAAAUGCAUAUGUGAAUUCAAUCGCUUUAGCCAACAUUGUUAUUUCGUUUUGUAACUAAAAUGCUUGACUGUAUUUAAAGACAUGGAUGGCUUGUAUGCUGUGUGAUGACAUGAACAAAUGAAUGAAUGAUUGAUUUAUAUACUGUAUAUUGAAGUAGGCCUUAAUGUCAAUAAGUAAGUUACGCUAAAACAGCUACAGUAAACAGGACUCUUGGGCCUACAGCUCCAUGUCAUUUCAAUAACUUAGCUUCUCAAACAUGCCCUCUGGUGGUCGAACUAGCAUUAAUGGCAACAAUGGCUGACAGUAAAAUACUAUGACGUCAUGCACUCCAACAUGCCAUUCCAUUCCGCAAGCUGUGCUGUGGUAUGACACAACUUUUAAAGGAAGAACCACUGUAUAUAUAGAGAGAGGGGGAGAUAGAGAGAAAGAAAGAGGAAGGAAGAGCAGAAUAUAGAGAAAGAGAGAUGGAUAGAAAGAAAGAGAUGGAUAGAGAGGUAGCUCACCCUGUUGAAGCGUUUUGCCUGGAAGGCAUGGCCACUUGCGUAGUAGAGCUUCCUCCAACGUCUCGCCCCACGACGAUAUAUAGACUCUGAAUAGGAGCAAGAAACGGGGGUUACAGGAUCAAGUGUGUGUGUGUGUCAGAGAGAAACUCCCCAGCUUCAGAAAACAAUGAUAUGGAUAUAAGAGAAAAAGGGACAAGUAGUUGUAGACUUACUGUCCUCUCCUGGACAGGGCAUGCCAGGCUUCUCUGGGACACAAGGAAACACUGAGAGGAGAGGGAAAUAACACCAUUAUGCCUACAACAUUGCAGUCCCUACAUCACACAAGUGCGUGCGUGUGCCAGAGGUGAGUGGUGGAUGCUCUCUCAUUAACUAGCAUACUUGGCGCCCCACUGUGCCCUUCCCCCUAUCCUCCACCUCGUUUCAUCUCCCCCCUCAUCCCCCUCUAGUCUCCUCCACUUCCACUACUGUGACCUUCACCUUGCCCUUAACCUGUGACCCUCCCUUCUAUCCAGUGUUGAUCCAGUGCACACGUGCACAGACACACAGACUACUCAGUAAACCCAUUCCAUCUCCUAGCGAGGCGAGGAUCAGUGUAGCAGACAGAGUGAGUCAUGUUUGUUAUGUAUCCAUUAUGUUGUCUGCCGUUUUAUCCUUGUCUGCAAUGUCAGCCCAGCAGCCAACAUUCAUAUUUAUUCAAUUAAUAAGUUGAAUUGAAUGUAAUGGAACGUGAAUGUUCUUAAGUUGUCUGAUGUUGAAUGUGUGUCUACACUGAGGAUAAAUUAAGUUUAUUGAAUUGAACGCAAGGCCAAUGUAUGCAUUAUGUUGUCUGCAUUGUCACUGCACUGUCAGUCAAGGAAUGAUUUCCCCUUGGGUAUAAAUAAAGUUUAUUGAAUAUAAUUGAAGGUCGUGUUACCAUGGAUGAUGAGUUCAGAGUCUUUAUUGAGUUCAUAGAGCCUCAGGGCUUCCUCCAGCUCCAGCUGAGAUGAUACUGUACACGGGUCACCUGGGAGGACAGUGGACACAGCAACACAACCGGUCAGUACAGCAACUGCAUCUCACAUGACACCCUAUUCCCCAUAUAGCGGAGUUCUGUAAUCAUUCACCACCACCUUCUGUCGGUCACAAAAGCUGCUGUGUUCCUCAAGAUCUCUCUUAGCUGAUACAUUUAGCUGUUCCCAGUUUAGAACAGGUGUCUAUGAGGGAGUGUAUGUGUGUGUUGGUGAGUUAUGUGAAGGCAGCGGCUCAGUCUUGGCUGAGUUCAUUAUGAACAGUUGCAGUGUGUUUUGCAGAGCCUGUGACGAGGCUAUUGAAGGUAUGGCUGGCUGGUGAGUGGUGAUACAUUAAUUACUUAGGGCAGCCUGACCUUUCACUGAGUCCAACAACCUGACAUCUUCAUCUAUACUGUGACACACACAAGCAUUACUGUGGUACGACCAGCCCGAUACUGAGGCAGGGCCAGCUAGCUGGAUACCGCAUGACUAGCUGGACAGAUACUGAGGAAGUACAAAGUCUAGCACAGCUAGCUUUCUCGCAUAUCAUAAUUUUUUAUUUAUUUAACCUUUCUUUAACUAGGCAAGUCAGUUAAGAACAAAUUCUAAUUUACAAUGACGGCCUACACCGGCCAAACCCGGACGACGCUGGACCAAUUGUGCGCUGCCCUAUGGGACUCCCAAUCACGACCGGUUGUGAUACAGCCUGGAAUCGAACCAGGGGGUUAGUAGUGACGCCUCAAGCACUGAGACAGUGCCUUAGACCGCUGCGCCACUCGGGAGCUGCACAGCUAUUUUCAGGUCUCUACAGAGAUGUUCGAUCGGGUUCAAGUCCGGGCCAUUCAAGGACAUUCAGAGACUUGUCCCGAAGCUACACGUGCAACACAGCAUUCCUAACCUAGCCCACAAUGUCUGCUGUGUGGAUCUAUUUUGAAGUUUCAAAGGAAGGUAACAAAAAGGCCAUAUGCAAUGUUUGCGCAGCUAUUAUUUCCCAAGGAGGGGAGAAAGUGAAAUCUUUCAAUACCACAAACCUAAUUACUCAUUUGAAAGUGCAUCACCCCCAGACGUUCAGUGACUACUUCCAACAACUAAACAAGUUCAAGUCCAGCAGUCAUUUGAAAGAGUAAGAACAUUUUGGUGAAACUCAAAGGCGAAAUCCAUUAACGCCAAGAUAAUGGAAUUCAUUGCCCUUGACAUUCUACCGUUCUCUGUCGUGGAUGAUGUUGGCUUUUUCGCCGACUGGUCGAGCACCGGUACACUCUACCAAGCAGGCGCUAUUUUUCAGAUGUUGCCCUACCGGAGUUACGCAGUAUUGUUUUACAUUUUUCAGUCAUUUAGCAGACGCUCUUAUCCAGAGCGACUUACAGUUAGUGAGUGCAUACAUUUUCAUACUGGCCUCCAGUGGGAAACGAACCCACAACCCUGGCGUUGCAAGCGACAUGCUCUACCAACUGAGCUACAGGGGAUUGUUGAAACGUACAUCCGUGAGCUACUUGCUAUGGGGGUCACUGCUAUUAGCUUCACGACUGACAUUUGGACCAGCGAUGUCAGCCCCAUGAGCAUGCUGAGUCUGACAGCACAGUGGUUCGAAGAGGAUUUCGUACUGAGGAAAGCCGUAUUGCAUGCUCAAGAAUGUGCUGGUUCUCAUACCGCUGCUGCCAUUUCAAUGGCAUUUGAGAACAUGUUUGAAACUUGGAAAAUCCCCAAGAACAAAGUACACGCUGUGCUAUGUGAUAAAGCACAUAACAUGACAAAGGCUUUGGAAGAAUGCGGAGUUGCCAGUUUGCCAUGCAUGCCACACACGCCAUUGGCAACAGGUAGGAAGAUAGUGGGUCAUUUUAAACACUCACAGCUAGCAUACAGCCGCCUGCAAGCAAUACAUAAGCAGUACUGUUUACAUGAAAGAGAGCCUGCUGGAACAAAAACGAGUGCUUGGCGUGUACGCAGCCGACUGAGUUACCUGCAAUAAUCAGUACUUUUUAUUUUGUUUUAUUUCACCUUUAUUUAACCAGGUAAGCCAGUUGAGAACAAGUUCUCAUUUACAACUACGAUCUGGCCAAGAUAAAGCAAAGCAGUGCGAUAAAAACAACAACACAGAGUUACAUAUGGAAUAAACAAAAAUGUACAGUCAAUAACACAAUAGAAAAUAGAAAAUCUAUAUACAGUGUGUGCAAAUGUAGUAGGUUAUGGAGGUAAGGCAAUAAAUAGGCCAUAGUGCAAAAUAAUUACAAUUUAGUAUUAACACUGGAGUGAUAGAUGUGCAGAAGAUGAUGUGCAAAUAGAGAUACUGGGGUGCAAAUUAGCAAAAUAAAUAAUGUAAAUAACAAUAUGGGGAUGAGGUAGUUGGGUGGGCUAAUUACAGAUGGGCUGUGUACAGGUACAGUGAUCGGUAAGCUGCUCUAACAACUGAUGCUUAAAGUUAAUGAGGGAGAUAAGUGUCUCCAGCUUCAGAGAUUUUUGUAGUUCGUUCCAGUCAUUUGCAGCAGAGAACUGGAAGGAAUGGCAGCCAAAGGAGGUAUUGGCUUUGGGGUUGACCAGUGAGAUAUACCUGCUGGAGCACAUACUACGGGUGGGUGUUGCUAUGGUGACCAAUGAGCUAAGAUAAGGCGGGGAUUUGCCUAGCAGUGAUUUAUAGAUGGCCUGGAGCCAGUGGGUUUGGCGACGAAUAUGUACUGAGGGCCAGCCAACGAGAGCGUACAGGUCACAAUGGUGGGUAGUAUAUGGGGCUUCGGUGACAAAACGGAUGGCACUGUGAUAGACUACAUCCAAUUUGCUGAGUAGAGUGUAGGAGGCAAUUUUGUAAAUGACAUUGCCGAAGUCAAGGAUCGGUAGGAUAGUCAGUUUUACGAGGGCAUGUUUAGCAGCAUGAGUGAAGGAGGCUUUGUUGCGAAACAGGAAGCCGAUUCUAGAUUUAACUUUGGAUUGGAGAUGCUUAAUGUGAGUCUGGAAGGAUUUAAGCUCGUUUGGAGGUUUGUUAACACAGUGUCCAAUGAAGGGCCAGAUGUAUACAAAAUGGUGUCGUCUGCGAAGAGGUGGAUCUGAGAGUCACCAGCAGCAAGAGCGACAUCAUUGAUAUACACAGAGAAUAGAGUCGGCCCGAGAAUUGAACCCUGUGGCACCCCCAUAGAGACUGCCAGAGGUCCAGACAACAGGCCCUCUGAUUUGACACAUUUAACUCUAUCUGAGAAGUAGUUGGUGAACCAGGUGAGGCAGUCAGUUGAGAAACCAAGGCUAUUUAGUCUGCCAAUAAGAAUGCGGUGAUUGACAGAGUCAAAAGCCUUGGCCAGGUCGAUGAAGACGGCUGCACAGUACUGUCUUUUAUCAAUCGCGGUUAUUAUAUCGUUUAGGACCUUGAGCGUGGCUGAGGUGCACCCAUGACCAGCUCGCAAACCAGAUUGCAUAGCGGAGAAGGUACGGUGGGAUUCGAAGUGGUCGGUGAUCUGUUUGUUAACUUGGCUUUCAAAUACUUUCGAAAGGCAGGGUAGGAUGGAUAUAGGUCUGUAACAGUUUGGAUCUAGAGUGUCACCCCCUUUGAAUAGGGGGAUGACCGCAGCAGCUUUCCAAUCUCUGGCGAUCUCAGAUGAUACGAAAGAGGUUGAACAGGCUAGUAAUAGGGGUUGAGACAAUUUCGGCGGCUAAUCUUAGAAAGAAAGUGUCCAGAUUGUCUAGCCCAGCUGAUUUGUAGGGUCCAGAUUUUGCAGCUCUUUCAGGACAUCAGCUAACUGAAUUUGGGUGAAGGAGAAGCGGGGGGGGGCAUGGGCAAGUUGAGGCGGAGGGUGCAGAGCUGGUGGCCGGGGUAGGGGUAGCCAGGUGGAAAGCAUGGCAAGCUGUAGCAAAAUGAAAUUCUCGAUUAUUGUAGACUUAUCGGUGGUGACAGUGUUUCCUAGCCUCAGUGUAGUGGGUAGCUGGGACGAGGUGCUCUUAUUCUCCAUGGACUUUACAGUGUCCCAAAACGUUUUGAUGUUUUCUGUUUGAAAAAGCUAGCCUUUGCUUUCCUAACUGCUUGUGUAUAUUGGUUCCUGACUUCCCUGAAAAUUUGCAUAUCGCGGGGUCUGUUCGAUGCUAAUGCAGUACACCACAGGAUGUUUUUGUGCUGGUCAAGGGCAGCCAAGUCUGGGGUGAACCAGGGGCUAUAUCUGUUCUUAGAUCAACUUUUUUUGAAUGGGGCAUGCUUAUUUAAGAUGGAGAGGAAAGCACUUUUGAAGAACAUCCAGGCAUCCUCUACUGACUGAAUGAGGUCAAUAUCCAUCCAGGAUACCCGGGCCAGGUCAAUUAGAAAGGCCUGCUCGCUGAAGUGUUUUAGGGAACGUUUGACAGUGAUGAGGGAUGGUCGUUUGACCGCGGACCCAUUAUGGACUCAGGCAAUGAGGCAGUGAUCGCUGAGAUCCUGGUUGAAGACAGCGGAGAUGUAUUUAGAGGGUAAAUUAGUCAGGAUGAUAUCUAUGAGGGUGCCCAUGUUUACGGAUUUAGGGUUGUACCUGGUAGGUUCCUUGAUAAUUUGUGUGAGAUUGAGGGCAUCUAGUUUAGAUUGUAGGACGGCCGGGGUGUUAAGCAUAUCCCAGUUUAGGUCACCAAGCAGUACGAACUCUGGAGAUAGAUGGGGGGCAAGCAAUUCACAUAUGGUGUCCAGGGCACAACUGGGGGCUGAGGGGGGUCUGUAGCAAGCGGCAACAGUGAGAUACUUAUUUCUGGAAAGGUGGAUUUUUAGAAGUAGAAGCUCAAACUGUUUGGGCACAGACCUGAAUAUCAUGAUAGAGCUCUGCAGGCUCUCUCUACAGUAGAUUGCAACUCCGCCCCCUUUGGCAGUUCUAUCUAGACGGAAAAUGUUGUAGAUGGGGAAAGGAAUUUCUGAAUUUAUGGUGGCCUUCCUAAGCCAGGAUUCAGACACUGCUAGAACAUCAGGCAGAGUGUGCUAACGCAGUGAAUAUCUCAAACUUGGGGAGGAGGCUUCUGAUGUUAACAUGCAAGAAACCAAGGCUUUUACGGUUACAGAAGUCAACAAAUGAUAGCGCCUGGUGAGUAGGAGUGAUACUGGGGGCUACAGGGCCUGGGUUAACCUCUACAUCACCAGAGGAACAGAGGAGGAAUAUAAUAAGUAUACGGCUAAAGGCUUUAAGAACUGGUCUUCUAGUGCGUUGGUACAGAGAAUAAACGGGGCAGAUUUCCGGGCGUUGUGGAAUAGAUUCAGGGCAUUAUGUACAGACAAGGAUAUGGAAGGAUAUGAGUACAGUGGAGGUACACCUAGGCAUUGGGUAACGAUGAAAGAGAUAGCAUCACUGGAGGUACCGAUUGAGCCGGUCUCCGCGUGUAUGGGGGGUGGGACAAAGAAGCUAUCUGAGGCAGGUUGAGCGGGACUGUGGGGCUUUACAGUGAAAUAGUACAAUAACAACUAACCCAAACAGCAAUAGGCUAGGCAUAUUGACAUGGGAGAGAGGCAUAACGCAAUCACAGGUGUUAUUCAAGAGGGCUAAGACAACAACUGGUAAUGGUGACGAAAGUUUGGGCUGAGGCUAAACAGACAAACAGGAUGGGGUACCGUGUAAGGGAACAGUCCAGCGGGCAUCAGAUGUGUAGCUGAGUGAUCAUAAGGUCCAGUGAACAGCAAUAGGUAAGUCCGGGAGCAGUUCGUGUCAACACUAGGAGGUCCCAUCCGGUUGACAGAGAGGUGGAUAGCCGGGAGAUGGGCCUGGCUCGAGGCUAGCUCAAGUAUAACUGGUGCUAGCUUUGGGACAAGUAGUGAUUAGUGGUGAUUAGCCAACAACAACAUAAAUUCGGUUGCAGCUAGCUAGUUGUGAUGAUCUGGUGUUAAGGUCCAGUGAUUCAGUGAUUCCGGCAGAAAAUCCGAAAUGCUCUGGGUCGAUAAUUGUCCAGGCUAGAGCUGGCUGGUAGGUAGUGCAGGCCACGGACAGUGGUGAAGACCGCUAACAGUGGCUAAUAGCAAUAGCUAAUAGCAAGUAGCUGGCUAGUUUCAGCCGUGUGUUCUUGAUAAAAGGUAUGAAGAAAUAAUAGAAUCCGUUCCACAUUGGGUGAGGCGGGUUGCAGGAAAGUAUAUUUAGUUAAGGAUGGAAAGUGAGAGAGAAAUAUAUACGAAAAAAAAGUAUAUUUACACAAGGACGCACUGCUAUGCCAUCUUGGACUCUCAUUGAAAACAUGAACACACUUCUAGCUCCAUUCGAACAACUGACUUGAGAAAUAAUCUCAUCAACUGCGUCUGCAGCAGACGUGAUACCCUCUGUCAUGGCAUUGAAACGCCUGCUCAACAAAACUGCCGACACAGACCGUGGGGUUAAAACUUGCGAAAGUACUCUACUAGAGGCUGUGAACAAGCGAUUCGGUGGCAUUCUCUCUGAGCCUCUUUACUGUGUCGCCACCAUGCUCGAUGCUAGGUACAAGGACCACUACUUUGAUGCAGACAAGAAACAGUGUUUACGUGAAAUGUUACAGUCACAGCUGGACAAGAUGGAAACGGACACAGUGACAGUGCACACCAAGGAAGAGGACCCACGACAGAAGAGGCCACGGACAGACAGAGCUGAAACUUCACUGCUUGACAUGUAUGAUGAAAUUCUGGUUGAGAAUGGAACGACUGAACAAAUGAACAAUGAAACAGCACAGCAAGUAAGUGAAAUAAAUAAGUUUUGAUUAUGUUUUACUGGUAAUGGGGACAUACGUAAAUGCCAACAAAAUAAUUUUUGGGUCAGUGUGUGUGUACAGUGGGGGAAAAAAGUAUUUAGUCAGCCACCAAUUGUGCAAGUUCUCCCACUUAAUAAGAUGAGAGAGGCCUGUAAUUUUCAUCAUAGGUACACGUCAAUUAUGACAGACAAAUUGAGAAGAAAAAAAUCCAGAAAAUCACAUUGUAGGAUUUUUAAUGAAUUUAUUUGCAAAUUAUGGUGGAAAAUAAGUAUUUGGUCACCUACAAACAAGCAAGAUUUCUGGCUCUCACAGACCUGUAACAACUUCUUUAAGAGACUCCUCUGUCCUCCACUCGUUACCUGUAUUAAUGGCACCUGUUUGAACUUGUUAUCAGUAUAAAAGACACCUGUCCACAACCUCAAACAGUCACACUCCAAACUCCACUAUGGCCAAGACCAAAGAGCUGUCAAAGGACACCAGAAACAAAAUUGUAGACCUGCACCAGGCUGGGAAGACUGAAUCUGCAAUAGGUAAGCAGCUUGGUUUGAAGAAAUCAACUGUGGGAGCAAUUAUUAGGAAAUGGAAGACAUACAAGACCACUGAUAAUCUCCCUCGAUCUGGGGCUCCACGCAAGAUCUCACCCCGUGGGGUCAAAAUGAUCACAAGCAAAAAUCCCAGAACCACACGGGGGGACCUAGUGAAUGACCUGCAGAGAGCUGGGACCAAAGUAACAAAGCCUACCAUCAGUAACACACUACGCCGCCAGGGACUCAAAUCCUGCAGUGCAAGACGUGUCCCCCUGCUUAAGCCAGUACAUGUCCAGGCCCGUCUGACGUUUGCUAGAGUGCAUUUGGAUGAUCCAGAAGAGGAUUGGGAGAAUGUCAUAUGGUCAGAUGAAACCAAAAUAAAACUUUUUGGUAAAAACUCAACUCGUCGUGUUUGGAGGACAAAGAAUGCCGAGUUGCAUCCAAAGAACACCAUACCUACUGUGAAGCAUGGGGGUGGAAGCAUCAUGCUUUGGGGCUGUUUUUCUGCAAAGGGACCAGGACGACUGAUCCGUGUAAAGGAAAGAAUGAAUAGGGCCAUGUAUCGUGAGAUUUUGAGUGAAAACCUCCUUCCAUCAGCAAGGGCAUUGAAGAUGAAACGUGGCUGGGUCUUUCAGCAUGACAAUGAUCCCAAACACACCGCCCGGGCAACGAAGGAGUGGCUUCGUAAGAAGCAUUUCAAGGUCCUGGUGUGGCCUAGCCAGUCUCCAGAUCUCAACCCCAUAGAAAAUCUUUGGAGGGAGUUGAAAGUCUGUGUUGCCCAGCGACAGCCCCAAAACAUCACUGCUCUAGAGGAGAUCUGCAUGGAGGAAUGGGCCAAUAUACCAGCAACAGUGUGUGAAAACCUUGUGAAGACUUACAGAAAACGUUUGACCUGUGUCAUUGCCAACAAAGCGUAUAUAACAAAGUAUUGCAAUAUGUUAUAAUGCAAUAUGUUGUAUUACAUUUUAAUUUCCUAAAUGAAAGAUGAGAUGUGUUGUGUUGUAAAUUUGCUCGCAUUUUACUAGUCAAGUCAGUUGAGCACAUUUGAAAAGUUUAAGUUGUGCCAUUCUUAGCAGUUUAUGACAUAGCCACGAGCCAGUAAUUUUUUCAAGCAGUUAAAGCUAAAAUGAUUAACUGCAUUUUAGUUUAAACCAAUAUUUAUUUCUAAGCAUUUUUAAGUUUCUCCAUACAGUCAAUAUUGGAUAGUAAGAAGAGCCAACCAACAACCAUCUUUGUAAUGUGGGGCAGCUAAAAUAUUUGUGUCAUGAAUAUAUGUUGUGCGAUAAAAUACAUUCAUGGAUUUGUCAUUUUUCUCAUUUCUCAUUCUCAAGUUAUUAAACAAUCUGUUCCUAACUGAACAAAUGAACAUAUGACACUUUAUUUCAACAAUUUAACUGUACUAGAAUGCUUAAAAAGGCCGCUAAAAUGUUAAGUGGUCCUCUGUAGCUCAACUGGUAGAGCACGGCGCUUGUAACGCCAAGGUAGUGGGUUCGAUCCCCGGGACCACCCAUACACAAAAAUGUAUGCACGCAUGACUGUAAGUCGCUUUGGAUAAAAGUGUCUGCUAAAUGGCAUAUUAUAUUAUUAUUUAUUAAAUAUCGGUUAUCAGCAUUUUUUUUUUUUGGCAAAGAAAAUAUUGGAUAUCGGUAUCGGACAAAAAUGCUAGCUAAGUGAAAAAUAUACUACGAAUGAUAGCUUUCUCACUUCUCCUUAAUUUUGGAAUAAAUUAAUUUGUUGAAAUAUAAAUAGGGCUAUGAACAAUGAGUCCUAGGUUUUGUAUUGAAGUCAAUGUACCCAGAGGAGGACAGAAGCUAGCUGUCCUCCGGCUACACCAUGAUGCUACCCCACACAGUGCUAGAGGCUACUGUAGACCUUUUAUUGCAAAACAGUGUUAUUUGGUGACGUGAAUAUAUUAGUAUAGUUUUAUAUAAAAAGGAUAACUUUUAUGAAUGUUCCACUAUUUUUAUUUGUAUGAAAUUCACCAAGGAGGACGGUCCUCCCCCUCCUCCUCUGAGGAACCUCCACUGUUUGGGAUGCUCUGGAUCAAAGUGUACGACAGCGUGUUCCAGUUCCCGCCAAUAUCCAGCAACUUCGCACAGUCAUUGAAGAGGAGUGGGACAACAUUCCACAAUCAACAGCCUGAUCAACUCUAUGCGAAGGAGAUGUGUCACUCAACGUAUUUUUGUUCAGUGUACGUUUUUUCCUCAUUGGACCUGUGUUUACAAUGCAUCCAAUUUCAGUUUGUGUAGUUGUUGGUUUAGCUUUCUGUAACUGUAUUGCAGUUCUGUAAACGGACAUGCAGUACGGUCUGCAUGUGUAGCAACAUAUUGCGUCAUGAUUGCAAGGUGUUCCAAUAUCUUUUCCAACUGUCCCGUUAUCUGGUUUUAAUAUCCAUUCUAGAAUUCCCAUUCUAGAAUGCCCUUCUAGAAAAUCAGAACCAAGUAUUCAACAAUGCUGUGGUAUAAUUUUUUAUAGUAUAAUCUUUGAGAACUAACAAUCACCAAAAUAAAAGCUAGACAGUCAGGGAGAAUUGAAAAUUCCAAAAACAAUGAAUUUAGCAGUAUUUGUUAUUAUGUUUGAACAAAAGAAUAGCAUUAGCCAUGGCAAAAUGCAUAUAAUUGCAGGAAAUUAGCUUAGAUGGAGAGAUGGAUGAGAGAUUGCUACAUGGAUGGAGGAUAAUAAAAACUUUAAAAAACCUUCUUCGUCGAUCCACUUCAUGGUGAAGAGCUGGUCAUUGUCCAUGGAGCACAUGUCUUUGACCUCCCCGUACAGACCCUCGUAGGAGAUGGAUGGCUCAAAGUGUGUGAUCAUGAUGUCCCUGGGAGAAGACCGGAGAGAGGGGGGGCGACAGUCAGGGACAAUACACUAAGUACACACACUUAUUUACAGAAUUGUUAUUCUGUCAGACUUGGGCCCUGACAGUGAAUCUCAGUAAGACAAAAAUAAAGGUGUUCCAACAAAUGUCCAGUUGCCAGGACAACAAAUACUAAUUAUAUCUAGACACUGUUGUCCUAGAGAACACUAAUAAUUAUACCUACCUCAGCCUAAACAUCAACACCACAGGUAACUUCCACAAGGCUGUGAACGAUCUAAUAGACAAGGCAAGAAGGGCGUUCUAUGCCAUCAAAAAGACCAUAAAACUCCACAUCCGAAUUAGGAUCCGGCUAAAAACUCAUUGCCCUCUAUGGUUGUGAGGUCUGGGGUCCACUCACCAAUCAAGAAUUCACAAAAAAAUUGGACAAACACACAAUGGAGGCAGCGCGCAGAAUUCUGCAAAAAUAUACUGUGUGUACAACACAAAAUCCCAAACAGAGCAGAAAUAGGACUAUACCCGCUAGUUACCAAAAUCCAGAAAAGAGCUGUUAAAUUCUACAACAACUUAAAGAGGGCGAUGCCCACAUAUUCCACCACAAAGCCCAAACCUACAGAGAGAUUAACCUAGAGAACAGGACCCUCAGCCAGCUGGUUCUGGGGCUCUGUUCACAUACCCAAACAGACCCCACCGAGCCCCAGGACAGCAACACAACUAGACCCAACCAAACUAUGACACGGCAAAAAGAUAACUAUUUGACACACUGGAAAGAAUCAACCAAAGAAACUGAGCAAAUUUGGAAUGCUAUCUGGCCCUAAACAGAGAGUAGACAUUUGACAUUUUAGUCAUUUAGCAGAAGCUCUUAUCCACAGCGACUUACAGUUAGUGCAUUCAUCUUAAGAUAGCUUGGUGGGACAACCACAUAUCACAGUAAGUACAUUUUUGCUCAAAGUAGCUAAUAGCAAGGUCAGAGCUAGUAAGAAGAAGAGAAAGUUGAAAAUUAAGGUGCAAGUCUUAAUUCACAAAAGGCAUUAUUUUUUAAAUGUUAGUCUUUUUUUGUUUUGUUUUUUUGACCACUGACUGACCCAAAAUUAGGGAAGUCCUUAUGUACAGACUCCGUGAGCAUAGCCUUGCUAUACUGCUGCACCACAGAGCAUCUUUACUGGUUGCAUCACCGCUUGGUAUGGCAACUACUUGGCAUCAGACCGCAAGGCCCUACAGAGGGUAGAGCGUACAGCCCAGUAUAUCACUGGGGCCGAGCUCCUUACCAUCCAGGACGUCUAUACCGGGCGGUGUAAGAGGAAGGCCCUAACAAUUGUCAAAGACUCCAGCCACCCAAGUCAGACUGUUCUCUCUGCUACCGCACGGCAAGCAGUACCGAUGCACCAAGUCUGGAACCAACAGGACCCUGAACAGCGUCUACCCACAAGCCAUAAGACAUCUAAAUAGUUAGUGUUAGAUUAAUUUGUAUUUUAAGAAUAAUGACUAAAGGAUUUCACCCCAAAUACAGUAUAAAUGUGUGAACUGUGUUAGAAUUAUAAUGUAUUGUCAACCUACUAACAGAGGGGGGCGGGACUAAACAUUCCAGGGUGAAGGGGACUGAGAAAAUGGGUUACAGGGGGCCUCCUAGAGGUGGGCGGAGCAGGGUGCCUUUGUGUGGAAGGAGUAUAAAACAGUAUGUAUGUGUUUUGGGCGGGAGAGCUCUCCAUGAAUAAAGAUACAGAUAAUCCUUGUGGGUUGUGGACCUUGAAUCAUUUAUGAUUAAAACCAGAGCCUUACAACCUCUGGUAAUGAUUCAAGCUUAGGUUGAAUUAGAGAUAGAAAUUCUCGUAACAGUUAGUUACAUAGCAAAAUAGCUACCCGGACUAUAUGCAUUCACCCUUUUUGCAACAACUCCUGACUUAUCACAUACGCUGCUGCUACUGUUUAUUGUCCAUCCUGUUGCCAAGUCACUUUCUCCCUACCUACAGUGCAUUCGGAAAGUAUUCAGACGCCUUGACUAUUUCCACAUUUUGUUACGUUACAGCCUUAUUCUAAAAUUGAUUAAAAUGACAAAGUGAAGAGGUUUAGACAUUUUUGCUGAUUUAUUAAAAAUAAAACAGAAAUACCUUAUUUACAUAAGUAUUCAGACCCUUUGAUAUGAGACUCGAAAUUGAGCUCAGGUGCAUCCCGUUUCCAUUGAUCAUCCUUGAGAUGUUUCUACAACUUGAUUGGAAUCCACCUGUUGUAAAUUCAAUUGAUUGGACAUGAUUUGGAAAGGCACACACGUGUGUGUGUGUGUGUGUGUGUGUGUGUGUGUGUGUGUGUGUGUGUGUGUGUGUGUGUACAAAUACAAAUUUAUAUAUACACAUACAUACAUAUAUACACACACACCACACACUACCGUUCAAAAGUUUGGGGUCACUUAGAAAUGUCCUUGUUUUCGAAAGAAAAGCAAUCUUUUUGUCCAUUAAAAUAACAUCAAAUUGAUCAGAAAUACAUUGUAGACAUUGUUAAUGUUGUAAAUGGCUAUUGUAGCUGGAAACGGCUGAUUUUUAAUGGAAUAUCUACAUAGGCGUACAGAGGCCCAUUAUCAGCAACCAUCAGUCCUGUGUUCCAAUGGCACGUUGUGUUUGCUAAUCCAAGUUUAUCAUUUUAAAAGGCUAAUUGAUCAUUAGAAACCCCUUUUGCAAUUAUGUUAGCACAGCUGAAAACUGUUGUGCUGAUUAAAGAAGCGAUAAAACUGGCCUUCUUGAGACUAGUUGAGUAUCUGGAGCAUCAGAAAUUGUGAGUUCAAUUACAGGCUCAAAAUGGCCAGAAACAAAUAACUUUCUUCUGAAACUCGUCAGUCUAUUCUUGUUCUGUGAAAUGAAGGCUUUUCCAUGCGAGAAAAUGCCAAGAAACUGAAGAUCUCGUACAACGCUGUGUACUACUCCCUUCACAGAACAGCGCAAACUGGCUCUAACCAGAAUAGAAAGAGGAGUGGGAGGCCCCGGUGCACAACUGAGCAAGAGGACAAAUACAUUAGUGUCUAGUUUGAGAAACAGACGCCUCACAGGUCCUCAACUGGCAGCUUCAUUAAAAUAGUACCCGCAAAACACCAGUAUCAACGUCAACAGUGAAGAGGCGACUUCGGGAUGCUGACCUUCUAGGCAGAGUAGCAAAGAAAAAGCCAUAUCUCAGACUGGCCAAUAAAAAUAAAAGAUUAAGAUGGGCAAAAGAGCACAGAUACUGGACAGAGGAAGAUUGGAAAAAAGUGUUAUGGACAGACAAAUCAAAGUUUGAGGUGUUCGGAUCACAAAGAAGAACAUUUGUGAGACGCAGACCAAAUGAAAAGAUGCUGGAGGAGUACUUGAUGCCAUCUGUCAAGCAUGGUGGAGGCAAUGUGAUGGUCUGGGGGUGCUUUGGUGGUGGUAAAGUGGGAUAUUUGUACAGGGUAAAAGGGAUCUUGAAGAAGGAAGGCUAUCACUCCAUUUUGCAAGGCCAUGCCAUAUCCUGUGGACGGCGCUUGAUUGGAGCCAAUUUCCUCCUACAACAGGACAAUGAACCAAACCACAGCUCCGAACUAUGCAAUAACUAUUUAGGGAAGAAGCAGUCAGCUGGUAUUCUGUCUAUAAUGGAGUGGCCAGCACAGUCACCGGAUCUCAACCCUAUUGAGCUGUUGUGGGAGCAGCUUGACCGUAAGAAGUGCCCAUCAAGCCAAUCCAACUUGUGGGAGGUGCUUCAGGAAGCAUGGGGUGAAAUCUCUUCAGAUUACCUCAACAAAUUGACAACUAGAAUGCCAAAGGUCUGCAAGGCUGUAAUUGCUGCAAAUGGAGGAUUCUUUGACGAUAGCAAAGUUUUAAGGACACAAUUAUUAUUUCAAUUAAAAAAAUGUAUUUCUAACCUUGUCAAUGACUACAUUUCCUAUUCAUUUUGCUAUAUUUCCUAUUCAAACUCAUUUCAUGUAUGUUGUCAUGGAAAUCAAGGAAAUGUCUAAGUGACCCCAAACUUUUGAACGAUAGUGUAUAUAUACAUACAGUGCGUUCGGAAAGUAUUCAGACUCCUUGACUUUUUCCACAUUUUGUUACAUUACAGCCUUGUUCUAAAAUUGAUUAAAAUUGUCGUCCCCCCCUCAUCAAUCUACACAAUACUCCAUAAUGACAAAGUAAAAACAGGUUGACAUUUUUGCAAAUUUAUUUAAAAUAAAAAACGGAAAUAUCACAUUUACGUAAGUAUUCAGACCCUUUAUUCAGUACUUUGUUGAAGCACCUUUGGCAGCGAUUACAGCCUCGAAUCUUCUAGGGUGUGACGCUACAGGUUGGUACGUGUGAUUAGGGUCAUUGUCCUGUUGGAAGGUGAACCUAAGCCUCAGUCUGAGGUCCUGAGCACUCUGGAGCAGGUUUUCAUUAAGGAUCUCUCUGUACUUUGCUCCAUUCAUCUUUCCCUCGAUCCUGACUCUCAGACCCUGGCGCUGAAAAACAGCAUGAUGCUGCCACCCCAUGCUUCACCGUAGGGAUGGUGCCAAGUUUCCUCCAGACGUGACGCUUGGCAUUCAGGCCAAAGAGUUCAAUCUUGGUUUCAUCAGACCAGAGAAUCUUGUUUCUCGUGGUCUGAGAGUCUUUAGGUGCCUUUUGGCAAACUCCAAGCGGGCUGUCAUGUGCCUUUUACUGAGGAGUGUGUUCCGUCUGGCCACUCUACCAUAAAGGCCUGAUUGGUGGAGUGCUGCAGAGAUGGUUGUCCUUCUGGAAGAUUCUCCCAUCUCCACAGAGGAACUCUGGAGCUCGGUCAGAGUGACAAUCGGGUUCUUGGUCACCUCCCUGACCAAGGCCCUUCUCCCCCGAUUGCUCAGUUUGGCCGGGCGGCCAGCUCUAGGAAGAGUCUAGGUGGUUCCAAACAUCUUCCAUUUAAGAAUGAUGGGGACCUUCAAUGCUGCAGACAUUUUUUGGUACCCUUCCCCAGAUCUGUGCCUCGACACAAUCCUGUCUCGGAGCUCUACGGACAAUUCCUUCAACCUCAUGAUUGGUUUUUGCUCUGACAUGCACUGUCAACUGUGCCUUUCCAAAUCAUGCCCAAUCAAUUGAAUUCACCACAGGUGGACUCCAAUCAAGAUGUAGAAACAUCAAGGAUGAUCAAUGGAAACAGGAUGCACCUGAGCUCAAUUUCAAGUCGCAUAGCAAAGGGUCUGAAUACUUAUGUAAAUAAGGUAUUUGUUUCUUAUUUUUAAUACCUUUGCAAAAAUGUCUAAAAACCUGUUUUCCCUUUGUCAUUAUGGGGUAUUGUGUGUAGAUGUGGAAAAAUCAUCAAAUGUGAAUACUUUUCCCGAAUGCACUGUAGGUGCGAAGAUGCAUUCAAAAUCCAAGUCCAGGCACUCGUGUGGGUUUGAAAGUUAAAAAGCCUUUAAUGUGUGGCCAAUAACCAAUUGGCUUACACCUUCAUCCUUAUGCUUUCAAUAUAUUACUGUGUGUUCUAUUACAUUCUGAUGGAGUGUGAGCCCAUAGUACUUUCAAAUAGAGCUGGGACGAUAAACUGAAAAUUACCCACACUGCCCUCUUCCCCAAGCAAUUUUGCUAACGUUGGUCAUUUCGGAGAUUAGGCAACAAUGUUUUUUGGCUCUAAAACCAAUUUUUGGUCAACAGUACUGUGCAUGAACAUGCCAUGAAAUAAUCCCAUAGAAAAUCUGUGGAGGGAGCUGAAGGUUCGAGUUGCCAAACGUCAGCUUCGAAACCUUAAUGACUUGGAGAAGAUCUGCAAAGAGGAGUGGGACAAAAUCCCUCCUGAGAUGUGUGCAAACCUGGUGGCCAACUACAAGAAACGUCUGACCUAUGUGAUUGCCAACAAGGGUUUUGCCACCAAGUACUAAGUCAUGUUUUGCAGAGGGGUCAAAUACUUAUUUCCCUCAUUAAAAUGCAAAUUAAUUUAUAACAUUUUUGACAUGCGUUUUUUCUGGAUCUUUUUGUUGUUAUUCUGUCUCUCACUGUUCAAAUAAACCUACCAUUAAAAUUAGACUGAUCAUGUCUUUGUCAGUGGGCAAACGUAGAAAAUCAGCAGGGGAUCAAAUACUUUUUUCCCCUCACUGUAUCUGGGCCUACAAAUGGAACGUUUUUGAAUGACAUUACAUUUACUGUAAGUCCAAUAGCAUGGCCAUCUAGCAACAAUAUCACAUUUACAGUUCGCAAUCUAGCUAAUGUGUUUUGAGUUCCCACUUCCUUAGAUGGUAAAUCUAGCAUAUAGCCUAGGCCAGGGUUGCCCAACUGGUGAGCUCAUCAUGUUUUUUGUUUGUUAUCGUUUUUAUAAAAUGGAAAUACCAGUCGAUGUAAAUACAUUUGACUGGUAAUGUUUAUCGGUCUAAUUUGCAUAAUUUCGUGGAAUUAGCGUGUAUACAGUAUAUACGUUAUGUAUCUUAUUUACCACACUUUUUUUAUGUAGCCUACUGGUUGUAUGAAUUUGGGAUCUAUCGUCCCACAACUGUCCCAGAAUCUGUUUGGAAUAGGCUAUUUCUUUCACGAUAAACUGACCAAUAGAAUAGGUCAACUUUUCUACUAAGGGGGAUAGUAGAUUGACAUAGGAUAGUGAUUUUGCUGUUCGUUACUCAUCUUGUUGGCUGACGAAAAGUAAACGUGGACAGUUAUUCUAAAAUCACAUUUACAUAAAAUCUUCAAAGUGCACAUCUGAAUUCAUUGUUACAUCCUCAACCUGCAUGUUCUGUUAACAUGAAUUACCAUAAUCUAUGAUUUCUGUCAUUCUGAGCACCGUGAGUGGACACCAUAAUCAGGUUAAGUACCAAAUGCAUAUGGGUCCGGUAAAUUAAAACGCUGCCGGUGAAAUUUCCGGCGCCACAUUUUCCUAAUGGAAACCCUAUUCUUGCAGUCAAUUUGCAGUCAAAAAUUAUUUGUAAUUAUGCACGCAGCUGAAUAUAGUUGAUGAUCCCUGGCCUAGGCCAAUAUGCACAAAAACAUGCAGGCAAUUUAAUUUCUAAAGAGACAAAUUAAGAUAUGAUUAUUCUGGAUCCUAUUUUGACAUGUUGCACAUAAAAAUAUCCAUCAUGCAUUCCCUGGACAUGUUAGAUGAACUAGCUAACUUCUUUCACGUCUUAUUUGGCACUGGAAAAAGUCAGUCUAGAGCCCUCCGGCUAAUGGAAAGGAACUGUGCUUAAUUGCAUUUUUUUAUUUUUUUAUUGUUGCAUUUAUCGUUAGAGCAAAAUUCGUCCAUUUAUUUUACGAUAUGACUUUUUGUCCAUAUUGUCCAGCUCUACUUUCACAUCACAUGUCAGUCAGGUAAGCAGGAGCUGAAGGUAGUAGAAGUAGGUCUAUCUGAACACUGCAUGCUACUGCCAUAUGUGUGGCAAUAAAGAAUAUGGCAGUGUACAACAGCGUGUGCAGAUAUUUCUACUCUUUAAAUUGUUGUAUAGGCCUACAUUACUUUGAAGUUCAUAGGCUACUGUAAGUGAGCAUCAUUCUAGCCUUGGAAUGACAGAGGUUCUGAGCUGGCAGAAAAUUGGCUGGUAUAGGCCGUCUCAUAAUCCCUCCCCCGCCUCCCUCUCUCGCUUCCUCCUUCAUAUUCUCUCCUUCUGCCUCCCUCUCUUGAUUCCCUCUCUUUUUCUCUUCCUUAGUCACAUUUUCGCUCCUCUCGCUUCCUCCCUCGCACUCUCUUCUACCUCUUCCUCCCCCUCCAUACAGUUUGUGUUAAUUAGUGACAGCACAGGAGGAGUGUUGACCCUCAUUCUGGUAGCUACACUCCCACCUCUACAGGCCCCCACGUCCUUCUUAGCACCAUGGCUGGUAGGAGCAGGAACAGACACAGACACGUGUUUUCUCUCAAAUGACACCCCAUUCAUUCAGCCACACAGUACUGUUACUACACUAGCAGAGCCAGUAUCAAUGCCAGUGCACUGCUCCAUCUACGUGACGUCCAGCCAGGUAACUGGGCCUGGGCAGUAGCUGUUCAUUAAAGUCGAACUGACCGUGUUUUAGCAACAUGAAAUCUUAUUAUAAUCUGUUCAUAUACACCCCCAGAAUGACACUUUUUAAAACAUUUUCUGACAAGCAAGCACUUAGAUAUGGUCAUUUUCACGUUUUCAUAAAUUAAUAGAACGUUUGGGAAUAACGUAUAGUAUGGCAUUUGUGAUAAUUCUAUAGCGGGCGUGCAUUUGGACAACUAAUAGAGACACUGAAGUAAAUAAAACCUAAUAAAAACAUGUCAUUACCACGACCGGAGUCUACGCAGACCGGUGCGCCAUAGCCAAUCAGAGCUACAGUAGGCCUAUAUGCAAAUAAGCCAUUUGCCACACGGGUCUGCCAUCAUUCACUUUGAACUGGGCACUUUGAACUGGACAUCUUUAGAACGCAUUCACCAAAAGCCACAAAAUACACCUGAAUGGAUUUUUGCAAAUAUGUAAAUACCACGGGAGGCCUCUUACAUUUGGGAACUUCACAGUCCUAUUGAUCAAACAACCAUGAAAAGGUAGGCUCUCUCUCCCUCAGUUGCGUAUGCACACCUACAAGAUCAACAACUAAUGCUAGCCAGAGAGAGAUAAGCUAAAACCUAACGAGGGAACAUUAGAUAAACCCUCAAGAAAGUUGGCUGUCAAAAUUGCACUGAAACGAUGGGAAAUAGUAGCCUGCUUGUCCCUCUAUAGCUUGCCUGCCUAUGCAUGCUUGUCCCAACCCACGUUUUGACAACUGAAUGGGAACUUGCCUGCCCGCCCUUUUGAUCGAUGCCAAAUACAUUAGAUUGACAAUGAAGCGAUAUGCUAACUGUGGCUAACAGUUGUUCAAGUUCAGCAUAGCUAGCUAGCAAAGUGAUUCACAUUUCUUGCUAGCUAACCAAAUGACACCUGCAUCACUAGCUGUAGCUACGAAAAACGGAUAUCAGGGGGAAAGGUUUGUCCCCCACUGCGCUAACGACAUGACAUCCUCCCAGUAGCUAGCUAACGUUAGGCUCCGUGUUUUUAGCUUGCUAAAUAAAUAACUACAUAAAUAGAUACGAUAGCCCAGGGGUGUCAAACUCCAAAAUCAGCCCCCAGGCCAUAUAAAAAAUAACAAUAUAAUAAAUGAGGGCCAGACAUAGCCUAUUUGUUUUUACAAAAAAACGUGUAACUGCGAUCCAAACUGGCCAUUCUUGUAUUACAAAAAAUAUGGUCCUUUAUAACUUUUGUACACUUAUGUACAAAGGAUGCUGUAUAGUAUUUUAAGAUAUUAAAACCAAAUAUAAAUAAUAUAUUUGUCCAGCCUUUGCUGCUAUGCUUGCAGAUGUGCAUAAUAUGCUGUGAACCUAAUCAAAAAGUGUUUAAUAACUCCAAAUAACAAAAACUUAGCUAUAGGUUUGUUGUAACAUUUAACAUUUUUUUUGCACUGCAUGGAUCACCGGUGCAGUUGAAUGCAGCAUUGCUGUAUGGCACACUCAAAAUGUAUUGGAGUAGCCAGCUUUGUCUACUGCUCAAAUGUUGCUGUAAUAGGCCUACAUGUUUCUCAUUUGCAUGGUGUUUUGUUGCAGGUUUUGCUUUGGUUAUUCAUUGUCAAGCUUUAAAAACCGAAGCCAGACUGCAAAAUUUUAGUAGCCUAGCUAGGACUGUAAACAUUACACACGAAAGCAGCGCAAUUGAAGUUGAAUUCGCCAAUGAGAGCGCAUCAGGCUGUAAUUUCAUAAAGUAUUUGACUCAACUGUUUAUACUCGCUUGUGGGUCCUAUUCAGCCCGCGGGCCUUGUGUUUGACACAUGCGCUAGCCUAUUAGCCACGUUAUGAUUGACUUGUGAUCAUUGCCCUUGCUAGUUUGAUUGUAUUGGCAUUCCCAGCCUCAGCUCCAGUCGUCCAUUUUUGUUCAAAAUAUUAAGUCAUUGAAACUGAAACAGUGCAUACCGAAUGGGUGGAGGCAGAAAACAAUGUACCAGGCCAGCUAUAAUUUACAAUCUAAUAGCAAUAUUUUUGGGACUAUCAAGAAAUGAAUUGGUAAAUUAUAUUAAUCAUGCGUUAAACUGCAUCCAUCUAGUCUGCCAACAAUGCCUGGAAUUUUUUGUCAAAUAGAACCCAUUUUUAAAUCCUCUUAUAAAGGCGGUUUUGAAGUAUAAACUGGACAUUUUAUAUUUUUGACUGUUCCAUAUCGGCAAAGUAGUUCAAACGAUGUCAGUUCCACUUUAAACACCUAGCUACUACACUGUGGUUAAAGUUUACCCAGCUAGCAGAAGCACUCUAACAAAGAAACUGCUGUUACUCCCCUACACAGAGCAGGUCUGUAGGCGCUAAAGUCUCACAAAACUAAUGGAUAUUGACAUGGAUGGACAGUAAAGAAACUAAAACAACCUCUAAGCCUAAAUGAAACUGUUGACCUGCCUUGGGGCUGUGCCUGUGCUGUGGGGAUAGCUACAUUACAGUGACAAUCACAGAUUGUGUAAUAGUUGCUCAUCACUGGUGAGUAACAGAAGAAAUGCCAUUCUACAGUGAGGGAAAAAAGUAUUUUAUCCCCUGCUGAUUUUGUACGUUUGCUAUAAUUUUAAUGGUAGGUUUAUUUGAACAGUGACAGACAGAAUAACAACAACAAAAAUCCAGAAAAACGCAUGUCAAAAAUGUUAUAAAUUGAUUAGCAUUUUAAUUAGGGAAAUAAGUAUUUGACCCCCUCUCAAUCAGAAAGAUUUCUGGCUCCCAGGUGUCUUUUAUACAGGUAACGAGCUGAGAUUAGGAGCACACUCUUAAAGGGAGUGCUCCUAAUCUCAGUUUGUUAACUGUAUAAAAGACACGUGUCAACAGAAGGAAUAAAUAAAUUAGAUUCCAAACUCUCCACCAUGGCCAAGACCAAAGAGCUCUCCAAGGAUGUCAGGGACAAGAUUGUAGACCUACACAAGGCUGGAAUGGGCUACAAGACCAUCGCCAAGCAGCUUGGUGAGAAGGUGACAACAGAACUGUCAAUCUCCCUCGGCCUGGGGCUCCAUGCAAGAUCUCACCUCGUGGAGUUGCAAUGAUCAUGAGAACGGUGAGGAAUCAGCCCAGAACUACACGGGAGGAUCUUGUCAAUGAUCUCAAGGCAGCUGGGACCAUAGUCACCAAGAAAACAAUUGGUAACACACUACGCCGUGAAGGACUGACAUCCUGCAGCGCCCGCAAGGUCCCCCUGCUCAAGAAAGCACAUAUACAGGGCUGUCUGAAGUUUGCCAAUGAACAUCUGAAUGAUUCAGAGGAGAACUGGGUGAAAGUGUUGUGGUCAGAUGAGACCAAAAUCGAGCUCUUUGGCAUCAACUCAACUCGCCGUGUUUGGAGGAGGAGGAAUGCUGCCUAUGACCCCAAGAACACCAUCCCCACCGUCAAACAUGGAGGUGGAAACAUUAUGCUUUGGGGGUGUUUUUCUGCUAAGGGGACAGGACAACUUCACCGCAUCAAAGGGACGAUGGACGGGGCCAUGUACCGUCAAAUCUUGGGUGAGAACCUCCUUCCCUCAGCCAGGGCAUUGAAAAUGGGUCGUGGAUGGGUAUUCCAGCAUGACAAUGACCCAAAACACACGGCCAAGGCAACAAAGGAGUAGCUCAAGAAGAAGCACAUUAAGGUCCUGGAGUGGCCUAGCCAGUCUCCAGACCUUAAUCCCAUAGAAAAUCUGUGGAGGGAGCUGAAAGUUCGAGUUGCCAAACGUCAGCCUCGAAACCUUAAUGACUUGGAGAAGAUCUGCAAAGUGGAUUGGAACAAAAUCCCUCCUGAGAUGUGUGCAAACCUGCUGGCCAACUACAAGAAACGUCUGACCUCUGAUUGCCAACAAGGGUUUUGCCACCAAGUACUAAGUCAUGUUUUGCAGAGGGGUCAAAUACUUAUUUCCCUCAUUAAAAUGCAAAUCAAUUUAUACAAUUUUUGACAUGCGUUUUUCUGGAUUUUUUUGUUGUUAUUCUGUCUCUCACCUACCAUUAAAAUGAUAGGCUGAUCAUGUCUUUGUCAGUGGGCAAAUGUACAAAAUCAGCAGGGGAUCAAAUACUUUUUUCCCCUCACUGUAUGAUUCCACUCCACUCUUCUUGUGCAAAGGAAGUUGGUAUAGGCCUACUACUACUACUGUCGCCUUGUAACAGUCAGUCCAACCAAGCUGUAUGAACAAAAUAAGACUAUACACAGUGUACAAAACAUUAGGAACACUUUCCUAAUAUUGAGUUUCCCCCCCUCCUUUUGCCCUCAAUUCAUCGGUGCAUGGACUCUACAAGGUGUCGAAAGCAUUCCACAGGGAUGCUGGCACAUGUUGACUCCAAUGCUUCUCUCGUGUCAAAUUGGCUGAAUGUUCUUUGGGUUGUGGACCAUUCUUGAUACACACGUGAAAUGGUUGAGCGUGAAAAACCCCAGCAGCGUUGCAGUUCUUCACACAAACCGGUGCACCUUGUACCUACUACCAUAACCCGUUCAAAGGCACUUAAAUAUUUUCUCUUGCCCAUUCAACCUCUGAAUGAAUACACAAUCCAUGUCUCAAUUGUCUCAAGGCUUAAAUCCUUCUUUAAUAUGUCUCCCCCCUUCAUCUACACGGAUUGAAGUGGAUUUAACAGGUGACAUCAAUAAGGGAUCAUAGCUUUCACCUGGUCAGUCUAUGUCAUGGAAAGAGCGAGUGUUUCUAAUGUUUUGUACACUCAGUGUACAUGUGAGAGGUAUAAUAUUCAGACACUCUUGGAGAAGGACAUUGAGAGAAUGUAUUUUCUUUGUAGUUUCUGAGCAGUGUUUCUGCAUUAGCCUUCAUAGGGGUACUUCAUUAGUUACCUAUGACAAAAGUCAUUACUAGGAAGAGUGGGAUUCAGCCCCUUGCCCCUGUCGCCACCACCCUCUAAAACCCCAGCGGCAGCCCCAUCUGCUGCUGAGCAGGUAGGUCAUCGGUCACUGGUGAGCACCCAAGCAGGGAGACUGUUGAUCAGUGUGCCCCUCUCCCCAGGCAUCCAUCUCUCUGUCACCACUGGGGGCAUGUACCCUCAAUCUCCAUUGCAGCUAUAACCACCCUGCUCUUCUGCACCUCUACAGUCCCUGUAG